AACUCGAUCACUGACAUGUCUGUCUACGUGUUUUCAAAAGUUACACAUUAAUUUAAUACGAACUGCGAGUCGAACCGUUGGCAAAUGAAAUCGUUGCUGUCAAACCGACUUCUACGAGAGGUGAUGACUAGUCGUGUAUAUUCAGCGUGAAUUCUCUCUCUUACAGGUUUGAAUGUAGACUAAAGAGCUUAUGGCAAUAUGACAUUGAGUAAUAUUUACAAACCAGAAGCAAACAAGUUUUCACAUCUUGGAAGUGAAGAGGAUGAUGAUUCUGAUGACCUCGAUGAUGAAAUUGAUGAUGGCUAUGGGACGGCAUUACUGAGCCCAACAAGAAAUGUACAAAAACAGUUAAUGCCUCCAAACAGGACUACAAAAAUCAGGAGAGCACAUUCAAAACCUUGGUGCACAACCAGAGCUUGUUUUGUUUUCUUUCUUUGGCUGGCAUUUUUUUCUAUUUGCAUUACUGGACUUGUGUUGCUCAUUCUACAAGCUAUUGAAUCAAAAUCCAAGGAUUCUGAUGCCCAUUUUGUGAAGAAGGUUCUUACAGAUAAACAAGAUGGCUUCUUGAAUGACGAGAAUAAUUUUGCGCCAUGUGAUGAGCUUGAAGCCACCAAGGUGUGGCAUGCAACAAUGCCAAAACUUAUGACAGAAACUGCCGUGCGACUCAAUGAUGUGAAUGAAGAUGGAGUUGAUGACCUCAUGGUUGGCUUUUCAACUGGUGUAGAUGGCUACAAUGCACCAAAGAUAUCUUGUGAUCUGUAUUUUAAUGGCACCUAUCCCUGUUAUGGUGGCCUUAUGGCUCUUGAUGGAAAAACUGGCAAACAGUUAUGGAGACAUUAUACCAUGCAUGAAAUCUAUUCAGUAAACUGUAAUGGUGAUUUAGACAUGGAUGGUGUCCAAGAUUGUUUGAUAUCUGGAAGGGCAGGAGUUUUUCAAGCCAUCAGUGGUAAAAGAGGAGAGCUUAUUUGGAAUUUUGGACCACAGGAAUCUAGAGAUACCAACAUGAACUUGUACACAGCUCAGUUCAUCAGAGAUUUGAAUGGAGAUGGGGUGAUGGAAGUUCUUGUCACACAUGGGGGGGAUCCUUUGGCCGAGCCCAAUAGUCCUGAGCGUCUGGUUGGACGUCUUUUAAUAUUCUCUGGCAAAACUGGAGAGGUGCUAAGAUGGGUGAGAACUCCAGAUGAAAGAGAAACUUACUUUUCUCCAGUUAUAUACACAAAGAAAGAUUCUACUGAGCUUGUGCUGUUUGGCACAGGUGGAGAGACACACCCAGGAGGGCUCUAUGUUGUGCCACUGAUAGAUCUCUUCCAUGGCUUGAUUGAAAACUCUAAGCUUAUCUACAAAGAUGAUUAUAAAGGGGUGAUGAAUCCUCCUGUUCUUGUGGAUUUGAACAAUGAUGGAACUGUUGACAUCACCAUGGCAAUGUACAACACAACUGUCAUUGCUUUUGACGGAGAAAACUACAAGAGGUUGUGGCAUUUUGUAUUCCCAUCAAGUGAAUCAUAUACGUCACCAGCAGCAGGUUUCUUCAAUAAGGAUAACACAACCGACUUUUUGGUGAGGUACAACUAUGGAUCAGGAUUUCCGGUUUAUUUUUACUCAAAUGUGACAGUGAUCGAUGGCAAAACAGGCAAGCCGUUAGUCACACCUUUCUUGAAGUCAUCAUCAAUGUGCAACACGUCUCCCCUGACAGCCAGCAUGCAGGGGCUUGGUAACGACCUGUUUAUAUACUGGGUUUCAGACUGUCUCGGCCACGAGGGCGAGGGAGGAAACUUUGAGUUUGUGGAAGGAACGAACGUCCAUGAGCAAAGCAGAGCUGACACUUGCAAGCUGCGAUAUAAUGCAAAGAGCUUUAGUAAGCUGCGGGUGACUAAUCACAAUAUAGGCUUUCCUGGCAAAGAUAUUUAUUAUUCAGAGGAUUUCCAAGACAUAGAGCAUGAAAGUCUAAGAGAGGAAACUGGCAGCAAACCAAACAGCAAAAACUCCACAUUCACCUCUCGAAGAAAACGACACAUUGGAGCACCAGAUCACGGCGGGUAUCAGAGACUUAUUUCAACAGGUUCGAUGGCCACUUCGCUUGGAGAAGAAAACAUUAAAGGACCAAUGGACUCCAUCGAUGUGGUUUUCACUACCUACUGGCAGUAUCCAGCUAAAGUACGGAUUAUUUUACCAGAGGACAAGGCUUGUAUUGAGAAUUAUAGAAAUCUCAGCAGAGCAGGGAAAUUUGAUAAUGACGUUGAUGAAGACAAGAAUGAAAAACUUGGAAUAUAUGAUGCAGGAGAUUCAGCCGUGAAUGAGUGCCUCAAGAAAAAGCAACAACAAACUGACAAGGAGCAAAUAUUUGUCAGUCAAUCAGACUAUGACUUGUACAAAGUCCACUUUGGAAGCCUGACCGUGUAUCGUUUUUCCUUGAAGUGCAAAUGCAACAAUCUGUCCCCUUCCAAAAAAUGUGCCAAGUUUUUACCUAUGUCCGAGCAAGGCUGGGGAGGGUACAUGGGAACACUAACUAAUGGUUUUUUUAACCCAAGGAAAAGGCCCUAAACGAGGGGGAUAUGUAAGGAUCUUUACCGAGUAUACGUUGAGUUCCCCCCCCCCCACCCCCCUACUCUACAAAAAUGGGCCUCAAGGACCGUUGUGGUGUAACAAUGGCCAUCGCCUUUUUUCUGUCCAUUUAUUCAAGUCUGGCCUCACAACCAACCUGCGCUUUUCCAUUACCUUCUUGAUCAAAUUUGUUGAUUUGAUUUAUGUAUUUUUGCUCUUUUCGAAUUUAUUGCGCUCUUACUGCGCCAGUUUACGAAAGACUCGCGUUUAUGAAAAGUUCUAUUAGCCUUCAUGGUCGCAGAUUAAUUUUUAGUCAUGAUGAAUCUUUCAGUAUUGGGAUGAGAGUUGGUAACGUUUUAAAGGCUGAUGUAUUUUCAGUCUCGUAGUCAGCGUAGAUUUCAAUGGCUGUCAUAAAAUUAAAUUAAAAUAAAUAUAUAAGUACAAGUAGAUGUACUAAAAAGACAAACUUUACACGACAUAAUUUAUUCAGAACAACUGAAGUUAAGAUAAACCUCUACUGGCGAGAAAUUUGACCAACUUCAUGAUAAUAAUUAGAAAUACGUUUUUAAUAA